GUUUAACUUCGGAGAUUUUAUCUAACCAUGGCAGAGAGAGACGAAGAAGUUGAAGUAGAACGCAGGCCUCUGAAGAGGAUGUCAACCAUUGCGUAUCGUGGAUACAAGAGAGAGCCAAGUAAAAGGGUCUUUGUCAAUAGAAGUCUGAUGUUGGAGAAAGUCCGGUUCUAUGGUUUUGACAUGGACUACACACUAGCAAUGUACAAAUCUCCUGAGUAUGAAACACUGGGUUUUGAUCUCAUCCGAGAUGCCAUCGUCACCAUUGGAUAUCCUGAUGCCAUUAAAGAGUUCAAGUAUGAUCCAACCUUUCCAAUCAGAGGGCUGUGGUUUGACAUGGAGUAUGGGAAUAUAAUAAAAGCCGAUCCCUAUGGAAACAUCUUAGUUUGUGUUCACGGCUUCAAGUUCCUAAAAAUGCAUGACCUACACCAGAUUUAUCCAAAUCGAUUUGUCCAGAGGGAUGAGCAGCGUUUCCGAAUCUUCAACACUCUCUAUGAUCUUCCAAUCAUCUAUAUCCUAGCCUGUCUGGUAGAUUUCUUCACGAAUCAUUCUGAUUACACCAGCGUGGAUGAAGAACACGGCAGUAUGGACAACGGAGUCAGGACAGGGGAUAUAACAAUGACAUGGCACUCAAUUUACCAAGACGUAAUGUCUGCCGUUGGCAUUGUUCAUGAUAAAAAUGGGCCAUUAAAAGGUGAAACUGUGAAGAAUUUAGAGAAGUAUGUUAUAAAAGAUGAAAGGCUUCCAGUGCUUUUGGACAGAAUGAGAGCACAUGGAUCCAAAGUCUUUCUAGCAACAAAUAGUGGUUAUCAGUACACAAAUAAAGUGAUGUCAUACAUGUUGAAUGAUGACAAGAGAGACUGGACAACAUAUUUUGACUACAUUGUUGUGGAUGCCAAAAAACCUUUAUUUUUUGAGGAGGGAACAAUUCUACGUCAAGUUGAUAAGGAGACUGGUGCCUUAAAGCUAGGAGCUCACACAGGACCUAUACAGUCAGGACAGAUUUACUCAGGAGGUUCCAUUAGCGUCUUUCAUGAGCUGAUGAAGAUUUAUGACCAGGAAGUGUUGUAUGUUGGCGACCAUAUUUUUGGUGACAUUUUGAAGUCCAAAAAAGUAAGAGGUUGGCGGACAUUCCUUGUAGUGCCAGAGCUGGCCCAGGAACUUCUUGUUUGGACCAAGAAAAAGUCCCUAUUUGAGCAACUAGAGGACUUGGACAUGCAAAUUGGUGAAAUGUACAGACAUCUUGACAGUGAAAGUGAAACCAAACCAGACAUUAGCAACAUCAACAGAUUAAUAAGGGAGACAACACACCAGAUGGACAUGGCAUAUGGAAUCCUGGGAAGUGUCUUCAGAAGUGGCUCCAGACACACAUUCUUUGCCAGCCAGCUGAUGAGAUUUGCUGACCUAUAUGCGGCCUCUGUGGACAAUCUCCUCCAUUAUCCUUUCUGCUAUGUCUUUAGGGCUCCAAAUAUGCUGAUGGCCCAUGAGUCAACAGUGGACCAUGAAGACAUAUUGCAGAUGGAAACCAGCGGUUUGGCUUUACGCACUCGUGAUAUCAGAGAGAAUUCUCAAGAGGAACGGAGAAAGCGCCUGGAACGGACACACAGCAUUGUCCCUAAUUUGUUUGCACCAACACCUCAUCAGUUCACACAGUUAACAGAGGAUGAUAGUCCUGAAAAUACGGAGACAGAAUCAUCAGGUUCCAAGUAGAAGUCAGAGGUCAUAGGUCACGACACAUGACAUUGCUUUUAGUAUUUUGAACUUUUUUUUUUAGCAUGAAGAUAUUUUUGCAGCAUUUUGAUUUUUCUAAGGCAUUCUUUUUUUCUUUAUGAUCUGAAGCCUUUUUAUUGUAAAUCCCUACCUGUGCAUCUGCUGGUUACUUAAAUAUAUUUAUACCACAGUUUAUUAUUAUUUAAACAGUAGAAGUCGGUUACUCCAGUAUGAACAAAAUAAUGUCUACCUCAGUUGCAUAUAACAAAACCUCAGCUCGUCUGCUUAAAUAAAUUUUGCAAGUAAUUAAUGAAAGUUACCGUAUUGGUACACAUGCUUGUUGAACCUUUAUUUAUUUUUUUGUACAGACCAUAAACGUUGUUUAAGCCAUUACUUAUAUCUGCUGCUUUUAGCUUGUUUGUCAUUGGGUCUGUGUUUUUGUUAUCUGUUGAUGAGUAACUGUGAUAUGUUUAACAUAAGCAAGACUGAUCUGAUGUAGGUAGAAACAUCUGUCUAAAAUGUAUCACUGCAUUUGUAGUAACUUAAAUUCUGCUGAUUAUAUUUCAGCUGCUAUGUACCUGAGACAUAAGUCUAUUUUUACUCAACUUUAUUAAAUGGACAUCUGUGUAGUAUGAAAAAUAUAAAUUUAUAUUUUCCCUACCACUUUUUUUUUUUCAAAUACAACAAAAAUUGUAUUAGAACAAUGGAGAGUAUAUAUUGUUAAAGCAUUUUAUUUAUACUCAUGCAUCAAAUGCACCAUACACACAUUAUCCAAAAAUGUUUUUACAUUGUUAACCUUUUAUUGACUGUAAACUUCUAGAAAAUAAUUGUCUCCUGUCGAACUGUGCAGUAUUUGCACUACUCAUGUUUUGUUUUUAAUGAAUGGUAGAAUGACCCUCCCUUCCUCAGACUGUCUGUAUACAAUACUGCAUCACAUGACACUGUUCUCGAAACAUAGCUGCAGAACUGUAGCUCUGGGAUAGAAAAUUGGACAGACAUAUCAGAUCAUAUGAAACCAUAUGGUUGUCUGUUUGAAUUUUCUGUCCCAGAGAGCUACAGUUCUGCGGCUAUUCGGAAAGAUCCACUACACCAUGCCCAGUAAUCUCUUACAAUAAACUUAUUAAUAUGUGUCUAACUAAACAAUGUAUCAAUAAGAUAGGGUAGUGGAUAACCAAAUACAGGUACUCAGUUGUUUGAAAUCUGCUUCAAACUAGCUAGUAUGUGUAAAUGUAUUGCUUACAUUGCUACUUUAAAUAUGUAUUAACCAUAUGUAGUUCUCCACAUGAUAAGUAGUUAUUGGGAUAAAAUGUACAUGUGGGCAGUAUUCUAGUUACUUUUGCAGGAUAUGAUCAAAAUAGAUAUAUAUGCUGUUGUAGACUACACUAGAAUCCUAUAUCAUAUGUAGGAGCAGUGUGACUGAUAGUUUCUGCGGGUAUAUACAUGUAUUAAAUGUAACUGUUGAAAGAAUUUGCCAUAAUAACUUGCUUAUAUUUUUUUAAAAAGAUGUUUUACAUUCAGAGUUUAUAUUACAGAGCUCUAAAUAGCAUCUCAGUUAAAUGAUUACUAGCUUUAUUUUUUGUUAUUAUUUAUUUAAGACUUUACCCUUUGUCAUUCCGUAGUUAGAAAAUCUCGCAUAUCUACUGGCAUGAGACAUCUUCUUAUCCAUUGUUAGUUUUUUUCUUUCUUUUUAUUUUUUUAUUUUUUUUUUAGAAUUUAUGAAUUAUUUGCCUCUGUUAUUUCCUGUGCUUAAAGAUAAUGGUAAUUUGUUUUAUUUAGUAGUAUGUGAGCCUCACAUAGUAGGUAUAUUACUUCAUGGAAGAAUCUCUGUAAAAAACACCUCUGUGUAAAUGUAUGAUGUGAAAUGUUGUUAUGAGGUGAGAACUACGCAUGAACGUGUUGAAGAAUUAGAAAAUUUAAUUUGUGGUUCAUAGGGAAGUAUAAGCUGAUACUAUGAUCAGGCCCCAAGACCAUAAACUGAGAACAGACUUAAGUCAAAAUUUCGAAUCAAUAUAACUUUUGAAAUAAUUUUCAUAACGAAACAAAAUUUUCAUCAUAUGUUUAAAUUAGAAUACUUUACAAAACUGCCAAUUUUAAAGCACAUAUGUUAAAUAAAACUCAAGAUAUUCAAAAUCAAAAUUUUGACAUAAGUUUGUUCUCAGUUUAUGGUGUCAAGGCCAGAAAUGAAUGAGCACCAAUGCAAUUUAUCAAAAAAUUUUAUGGCAUUGCUAUAAACUAGUUUAUUUAUUAUUAAAUCCUGUGUUUGAUGAUAUUUAUUUUGUCUUGGAAGUUUUGGUUAUUAAAACAAUCAGAGGUAACUACCGGUGCAUGGCAUUCAUUUCUUUGAUUAUUAGUGCAAUAAAAUAUUUUAACAUCUAUUUUAUUAUUCACAUAGAGGAUUUAACUACACUGUUUUUUGAUUAAUUAUUCAUUUGAACGCUUUAACUUUGCCAAUAAAACAAAUAUUUAACUUAUAAA